AUGUUCAAACCUAUCACGCUCUUCACCACCCUCGCUCUCAUCGGCACCGCCGUAUCCGCGGCCGACUGGAGGCUUUUGGCCAACAAACCUUCUGGCCAGUCUAUCGCCGCCUUCCAAGCCGACUUUGAAACCACCUGCCCCAUCUUUGACACUUCCAACCCCGACGGCGCUAGGGCGACAUUUUUCCGUGCUGGUGAUUUCCAGGGCAAGAAUACUGAUACUCAAGCGCUCGUCUUCUGUACCUACAACGCCGCAGAUGGGAGCGUGUACGCCGUCACCCGCGAGCUCGUCGAGUCUCUCGGCGGUUCUAUCGCCUGA